GGCGAAGAUUAUCGUGUGCGAAACUACAAAUGCACAUUUGAUAUCCAUCGGUAGCAGCUGCUCUGCUUCGGAAUUUAUAUCUGCCCAUCUGGGCUUCCCUUUGUCUUUCUGCUCCAUCUGCUAUUCUGCUUCACAUGGGAAAAUCGAGCAGCCAGAAGAUUGGUGGCGGCGAUCAAAGCCGUCACAACGACGACGGCGAUGAAGAACUUGCUCUGACUCUGACCCGACCCACCAAGAAGCAGAAGAAACCAGAAAUCACUGCUUAUGAUCAUCUUCCAACUCUUCCCACUAAACUUCCCAACUGGUUCCCCCACGAGUACAUGCCCCCUCCAUUCCCCGCUUCUUCUUCCUCCUCCUCGGAGUUGAUUCUCUUCAGCAGCAGCAGCAGCAUCGGCGACGGCGCUUCCGGUCCAGACGAUUUCGCGGAACUAACCAAGUACGACGUGUUCAUCAGUUUCAGAGGAAUCGACGUUCGAAACUCCUUCCUCAACCAUCUCUACUCUCACCUGAAAAUUUACAAGCGAUUGGCGGUGUACAAAGACGAUGUGGAUCUGGAAAGAGGAGAGCAGAUCUCGCCCUCGCUCUUGCAGGCAAUCGAGAGAUCCGAUGUUUAUGUGGUGAUUAUCUCCCCGAAUUAUGCCGAUUCCCCAUGGUGCUUGGAGGAGCUUGAGAAGAUUCUCGAGUCUAGGAAACUGUACGGGCGGAGGGUUAUACCUGUUUUCUACGGCGUUGAUCCUUCUGCCGUUGGUAACCAGAAAUUGCCCUCUACUGCUGGGAAGAUUCAGAGAUGGGAAGCUGCAUUGAGCGAGGUUGCCGGCCUCUCUGGAUUUGAUUCCAAGGUUAUCAGCCCUGAAACUAAACUCAUCGAUGAAAUCAGCAAGGCCGUAUUUCAGGCAAUCCGCGGCAGUAGCCAGAUGGUGAAGUUCUCGUCAUAUUCGGCUAGCAGAGGCUUGGUUGGAGUGGACAGGAGGCUAAAACAAGUCCAACGGUUGUUGUGCUCCGAUGAUCAUAAGGGCAAUUGGACGAUAGGCCUGUGGGGAAUGGCCGGCAGUGGGAAGACUGCUCUUGCUAAGGCUUUCUUCGAUUUAUUCUCCUCUCAAUUCGAGGCUUCCUACUUCUUCUGCAAUUUCUCGGACGCAAUCGCUAGUGGGGUAACUCGACAACCAUUUGGUAAUCUGCAAAAUGAAUUCUUUUCAAGACUGUUGGGCGAUCACGGAGUUGGUGGAACAUUAUCCUAUGAUUUGACACUCCGUCGCCUUAGUCGUAUGAAGGCUUUGGUUGUGAUCGACGAUGUGGGCGACGACGUGGGUUACAUUGGACCCCUGAAAGAUUUGUUAAACGGGCAGUAUAGUGAUUUGUUUGGUUCGGGCAGUAUAGUGGUCAUGACAAGCAGGAACCAGCAACUUCUCAAGAGCGUGUGUCAUACUGUAUAUGAAGUUGAGGGUCUGGGUGAUGAAGAAACUUGGCAACUUUUCUGCUUGCAUGCCUUCAGGGAGAAAAGCGUUCGAACUGAAUAUCUGCAGAUGAUCUGGAGAGCAAUACGCUACGUGAGCGGAAAUCCAUUGGCAACUACUAUCUUGGGCGCGCACUUGUAUGGCAGGGAUCUCAAGUUUUGGGAUCGUGAGCUGCAUGCUUUGCAGAAUAAUUCACCCAACUCAGUGGUUCAGAAUGUCUUGAAAAGGAGCUACGACGGGUUAAGUCGAGCAGAGAAAGAUAUAUUUCUUGAUCUUGCAUGCUUUUAUGAUUAUUGGCGUACGCAAAACUUGGAGAUCAUUGAGGAGAUGUUUUCAGAAGGUGGGAGGAUGAACCUCAUUACUAACCUAGUUGAUAAGUCUCUUAUACGUAUUAUUCCUUUAGGUGAGAGCUCCAUAGAAAUGAAUCCUCUGCUACGAGACCUUGGUUGCAGCAUUGUCAAUGAAGAACGUCAAAUUGGAAAUCGUUCGAGGUUGUGGAAACUUGAAGAUGUGUCUUACCUCUUCCAGCAAAACAAGGGUACUCAAUCACUUGAAGGUAUUUUUUGUAAACAUUUCUACCAGAAACCACAUGGCAUAUGCACACAAUCUGACGCUUUUGAGAAGAUGGAAAAUCUCAGAUUUCUUGUGAUUGAUGGUGAUGCUAGCAACCUAAUUCUACCAGACGAGGGGUUGAAAUGUCUGCCAAAUGCGUUAAGAAUUCUUAAGUGGCGCUCAUUUUCUUCAAAAUAUUUGGCAUCCCAAUUCUCUGCUGAAAAUCUUGUCACCCUUGAUAUGUGGGACAGCAAGAUUGAGCAACUUUGGGAAGAUGAUGAACUUGACGUGGAUUUGGGGAAUUUGCAAUUCCUUUCUCUUUUGGGAUCCAAGAACCUGAGGAAGUUGCCUAAUCUCUCCACUGCUAAAAGACUCAAAGUAAUUAAUCUCUCUGUGUGUACGAGCUUAGUUGAGCUUCCAACAUCAAUUUUGGAUCUUCCUGAGUUGGAAUACCUCUAUGUGAGUGGCUGCAGCAGCUUAAAGUGGGAUAACUUGGAAGGCUAUGCAAACAGCAGCAGUAGUAAUUCUGACGUCUUACCCAGCCUUAAAAGCUUUGCCCUCAGUCAUAAGGUCCCUAGUUUCAUCAUGCGCUUGCAGAUUCUGAAACUGGAGUGCCAUAAGUGUACAACGUUGACUGAAUUUCCGGCCAUCCCAAGCCUCAAGGAACUAACCUUGACUGGUAGUUUGAUCGAAGAGUUGGUUGGGUUGGAGAAGUUGACAGAGAUGAAGGGCCUCAGACUUUCAGGAAACGAGCAACUUGUUAUUCUCAGCUCUGGUGACUUGUCCAAGUUGAAAUCUCUCGAAGAGAUUCGUCUGGAUGGUUGUAGCAAGCUGUCCCGACUUCCUGAAAGCAUUGGCAAACUAAUACAUCUGGGAAGUCUUGAUAUAAGUCGCACAGCUGUGAGAGAGCUGCCGUCCUCCAUUGGAGAUCUCACACAACUGUAUAAAUUGCUCCUCAAGGGUUGUAAGAGCCUAGUAUGCCUUCCUGACACCAUGCACAAACUAUCUAGAUUGGAUAGUCUCGUUCUGGUUGGUUGUGAUCAGCUAAGGCAUAUACCAGGCCUUCCUUCAUCCUUGAAAAUUUUGGAUGCACAUGGCUGCAGGUCGCUUCAAACCUUGUCAAUUGGCAGUGUUGAGAAAUAUGACUUCACAAGUAUGAAGUGGUGCUUUGCCCAGUGCUGGCGCCUGGAUCCAGGAUUAUGUAGUAAGCUUGUGGAUAAGUUCGCCCGAGAUUCAGUUCGGAUCUUCGGCCACUCGAGCCUCAUACUCCCGGCAAAAUGGGGCUGUGGAGAAGGAAGCAUAACGGGAUCCAAUUAUGAUAGUUUUAACAACACAAGGGCUACAGCAAGGUUGCGUGGACAACCAUGGGAGUUGAAGUCAACCAUUUUCUGUGCCCUACUCAGUUCCCCUGACCCCGCUCUUAAUAAUCAGGGCUACGAGUUCCGUGUUAUCGUGAAGAUGAACAAUACAGACAAAGCUGGGGACACAGAAAUGGUGAGUGACUGCCUGUGGAGACCUUUCCAAAGAUAUGAAGAUCGGGGGGAGGAGGAGGAGGAGGAGAGUCCCUCAAAUGAUCACUUCUUAGUCUGGUCUAUUCGUGGACCACUUGUCGAAGGGAAAACUGUGGAUGAUGGUUCCGAGGUUGAAUUCAUUUUUCGAGACAGUUACAAGACCAAGGGUGGAUCCAGGACACUCAACUUGAUCAAGAACUGUCGGGUUAUCCCUGUUUACAGCAACAGAGUUGUGAGAACCGAAAACGUAAACGAAGAUGAAGAUGAAGAUGAAGAUGAAGAUGAAGAUGAUGAUGACGACGAGGAGUCUCCAAACGAGCUCCAUGGAUUAUAUGAUCAGUUGUGCUCCAGUGGGAACUGAAGCAUACAACUUGGAUUUGACGAAUUGCAUAGCCUGAUUCCCAUGUUUGCGGCAUAUGUGUGCUUUCUCUGGUGAGAACUGAGAUAUCAGAAGCCUGUGGAUGGUCAAUGGCUGCAUCUGGAGUGGUCAACGUACCUCCUUGUCAGCUUGGGAUGUUUCCUGCUCCUAUUAGUAAGGGAAUUUUGCCAAAAAUACGUUCGAGACUUCCUUUCCGUUUCUGUAUUCCUCAAAGAAGAAAAGGAUGAUCAAUCAGCCAUUUCUGUAUAUGUUCUAUUUAUGUAGAAUCAUAUUGUGUGAUUGCAACAGGGUGACAAAGCAGAACUUAAAACCCUGCUGCCUGCAGUAGCCGGGCAAGAAAGAUUCUCAAGUUACGAACGGUGUCGUUUGGACCCUCUACAAAGUUGCAAGCAACAGGCCUAAUUCCACUGGUCUGCUUGUAUAGUCCAUUCCUCUUGGCCCAAUCGAAUUACCCGAGUAUGACAAUCAUUCUUCACCUUUACCUUGUUGAUUCUGCAAACUGGAUUUUUCCCCUUCUCAUUUCAAAAUUGAGAUUAACAAUCAGUUGUUCUAGCUAAUUAGAUCUAUUCU